AUUGUAAUUGAUAUUUUUAGUUGGAUUCGAUGUUUUUGGGUCGUGUAAACACGCGGUAUUCUGACUGUCUGUAUGUCAGUCUGUGAUCGUUAGCCGAGUAAAACACUGUUAUGAGUAAUUAAUGCUUUAAUUUAAUUGAUUGACGAUGCGCGCGGAAGUCAGGUCAAUGAAUUCGAGGCGCGAUGAUUUGCCCAGCCAUUGCGAUACGGGCACAUCUUGCGCUUUCACAAUACAUAUGCAUCUUGUUUCAGCAGCAAAUCCAGAGGCAGCUGGGUGUGUGGAGAGAUUCGCAACAUUCAUGUCACUCCUUUUGGUCAUUAUCACUUUCCCAUUCUCACUAUUUGAAUGUUUUAAGGUUGUUCAAGAAUUUGAAAGAGCGGUAAUAUUUCGACUGGGAAGACUAAGGAAAGGUGGCGCGAGAGGUCCCGGACUAUUUUUUGUCCUACCAUGCAUCGAUACAUAUAGAAAAGUUGACUUGAGAACUGUAUCGUUUGAUGUUCCACCGCAAGAGGUUUUAACGAGAGAUUCCGUGACGGUAGCAGUAGAUGCAGUUGUCUAUUACAGAAUAAAAGAACCUUUAAAUGCCGUCGUUAGAGUUGCUGAUUAUAGUGCAUCCACCCGUCUUCUAGCUGCCACGACUCUGCGCAAUGUAUUGGGCAUGCGAGACUUGGCACAGCUGCUCUCCGACCGGGAAGCCAUCAGCCACAUGAUGCAGGCCAACCUAGAUGAAGCCACAGAUCCUUGGGGUGUUGAAGUGGAAAGAGUUGAAAUCAAAGACGUACGCCUCCCAGUACAACUGCAGCGUGCUAUGGCCGCGGAAGCCGAGGCAGACCGAGAAGCAAGGGCCAAGAUAAUCGCCGCUGAAGGAGAGAUAAAGGCUUCUCGGGCAUUGAAAGAAGCCUCCCUGGUCAUGGUAGAUAACCCUAUGGCCCUUCAACUACGGUACCUUCAAUCACUGAACACAAUAUCUGCUGAGAAGAACUCAACGAUAAUAUUUCCGUUUCCUAUGGAUUUUUUAAGAAGCUUCAUGAGUCCUGGAGCAGGCACCAGUAUUACACACUCACACUUGCCUGUUUGAUCUCUUCUUUAAGUUGUUCUUCCUUACUCUAAUAGGACUCAUUUCCGUAUACAAUGGAUAUUAAG